AAAUACUUCCCCUGGAGCCGCACGAUAUGGUGACUCCCUACUGUACGCACAAGCGUCAUCAUUCCAUCUUUGUUUUAUAUUUAAUGAGCAAUAAAGAAAAUUUAUAGACACAAAUGACGUUUCCGAACGCAGUCUGUCAAGAUUGUAUGUAAUUCUGUGCUCUUGUAAAAGAGUACGUGAGAGAGUUGAUUGAUAUACAUGUAAAAUCAUUGCGCACACAAAAAUGAAACCCUGGCGAGAAGCAGCGAGUCUGAUACUAGCAGCGAGCAACGCACAAAAGUACAAUCACACAGCAUCGCUAACAAUCCACAACUAUAAUCUGCUAUGUCUAAAACGUCAUCAAAACUCGAGUUUUUACGCGGGUACAUACGUUUUCCCGGGCGGUGCCAUAGAUCCCAGCGACGCUGACUUGAAAUGGCGCGAGCUCUUCGCCAAUUUUGGUUUCGACGACAAUAGUUUUGCAUCUCUGAGACCGAAGAUCGUGACACCGAUUUUUCAACCGAGGCCGAACGAAUUACCGAGGGAAAUCUCGUUGCGCAUCACGGCGAUUCGCGAAACUUUUGAAGAAUGUGGAGUGUUAAUGUGUAGACACAAGAGAGACGCUGCGGCGUCUUCCAAUUGGAUUAAAGAGAUGUCAGUUCCCAAGAGUGAAUUAGAAUUGUGGCGAAACAAAGUCCACAACGACGCCAAGGAGUUUAUCACUCUCUGCGAAAAGUUCAAGUGCUAUCCGGACUUGUGGGCGUUGCAUGAAUGGGGCAACUGGAUUACACCUACGAUAUUUAAAAAACGCUUUGACACUAUCUUUUACCUAGCUUGCAUGCCGUAUAUGCCGCAUGCUGAGUACCAAGCCAGCGAGCUGCAAGAUCUAAAAUGGGAAAACCCGGAGAAUAUUAUGUCUUCGAAGGAUUUUGCAUUGCCGCCGCCACAACACUAUGAAAUUACAAGAUUAACUAACUUUAAGGACAUAGAUGGUCUGUUAGAGUUUGCAAUGAAAUGUGAAAAAGGCGUGCAGUUAUAUUUACCGGUGCACAUACAUCUAAAGGACGGUAUGGUGUCCGUUCUGCCUGGAGAUACCUUUUAUCCCAAAGAAGUUAACUUAUCACACAACCAGAUAAUCAAUAAAUCUGAUAUUACAAUGGAUGAAUUUCGAGAGGCGACGCCAAUAAAGCAUAGAUUUGAAUAUGAUAAAGAGGUAGCUAAGAUAAUUAAAGUUUUUUUUGAACAUAAUAAAGAAAAUGAGGCAGAAUUCAAGUUUGUUUACGGAGAAGAGUCGUGUAAAAAUAAGCUGUAAUAUAAAUAGCGUUUUGUCUCGUUAUACGGGUCUUUUUUAACGUAACGCGUAACUUGAUAAAAUAUUUAAAAGUUUUAUAUCAAAGAGAUUUAUAUAUUUUUUAUACUCAACGUUUUU